CAUCGAAACUGAAAGUGGUUUUAAGCAAGAAGUGCUGAGUGUGAACAUGGCUUCCAGAGAACAGGUCCAGAGUUUGAUCGAGGCGACAAUCUGUCCAAUUUGCCUUAAUUUCUUCACUGAUCCAGCUUCACUGGACUGUGGACACUACUUCUGCCGCUCCUGUAUCACCCAGUGUUGGGAAAAGAAGGAGAUAAACUCCUGCCCAGUAUGUAGAGAGGAGUUUCCGGAAAGAAACCUCAGGGUAAAUCGGGCCUUAGCGAAUCUGGCCGACAAAGCUCGAAAAUUAAAGCUGGAUCCGAAAGAGAAGGAAAGUAAACUUCACUGUGAGAAACAUCAGGAAGAACUGAAGCUGUUUUGUGAAACUGACAAGAACUUGGUCUGUUACACUUGUAGAGAUUCGCGGGAACACAGAGAGCACCGCUUCCUGCCCAUUAAAGAAGCUGUCGAAAUCAACAAGGAUCUGCUGAAAUCUUCCUUAGAUUCUCUCACAGAGAAGAAAUUGGCGGUUCUAGAAACGGAACAGAAACAGAAACGGAAGAUUUCCGAAGUCAGGGAACAGUCGAGCAGUUUGCAGACCCACAUCACAUCCGAGUUCACUAAAAUACGCCAGAUUCUCUCUGAGAAAGAGCAGCGUUUACUCAGAGAUCUCAGGGAAGAAGAGGAGAGGAUUCUAGAAACAAAGGAGAAAAACCUUCGAGCAAUUCAGAAGAAUUUAAAUUCCAUUGAGGAGAAGAUCUCAAAGUUGCAGAAACAGAUGGAGCAAAAAGACGAGUUGAUAUUUUUGAAGGUGAGGGAAUAUAUUGCGGGUCAGUUCAAUGAAACUUCACACAGUCACAAAAUAACUGAUAACUUUACCAUCACAACAUUAAAGGGUCGUUCAAGCGACGACAACAACUCUGCUUAUGGUUUAACCUCUCUGACUCUGGAUCUGAACACAGCGAAUCCCCGACUCAUCCUGUUUGAGGACCGGACCAGUGUGAGACUCGGAGACAAACGGCAGCGGCUCCCUGACACCCCGGGGAGGUUUGAUUCCUGGGCCUGUGUCCUGGGAUCAGAGGGAUUCACAUCAGGGAGACAUUACUGGGAGGAGGAGGUGGGGGAGGAGACUUGGUGGUGGCUCGGAGUGGCCCGAGAGUCUGUGAACAGGAAACAGUUCAUCUCCCUGAAACCCGAGUCCGGAUUGUGGGCUGUGGGGCUGGUUCCCGGAAGAGGUUAUUUUGCUGCCACCUCCCCCUCUGACACCAGCCUCACCCCGAGUGUGAAUCGCCGGAAGAUCGGGGUUUUCCUGGUCUAUGAGGAUGGACAGGUGUCAUUUUACAAUGCGGACAACAUGUCCCAUCUCCACACUUUCACCUACACUUUCAUUGAGAGAAUCUUUCCCUUCUUCAGUCCGGGAUGGAAUGACGACGGGAAAACCUCGUCCCCGCUGACAAUCUGCGGGAUUAAAGGUCACUAACAGAUCCAUCCCAUAAUUUCACACCGUCUCCAUCUCUCCUGCCAGCUGUAAACUGAUGGGUGUCGGUCUCAGUCAAAGGUGGAGAGAGAAGCCAGGUUAACAUUCGGGUAUAAAC